CCUGCGCCAGCUUUGCAAACUCAGAAAGGAUGCUCAACCAGAGGGUGAAAACUAGAGCGCGACAAGUGCUUUAUUUUUGCUGUGGAUACGUUUUUAUGGUACUCGCUGGCUACUUGUCGCUGCCGUUCAUACCCCGGGGAGCAGCGGAAACCACGUCCGACAUCACAGCGAGCAUUGUCAGAAAAUACCCUCUUUAUAUUCCCAUGUGGACACCAUUCGGUCCAAACGCUCUAAAGGUUUCGCCUGUCUAUCAAUUAGUGGUUGUUUGGCAGGCAUGGGCAUUUAUCGUUUUGGUGUCUGUUUUCUGUUGCGCGGACUGCCUCCUUUACUCUUUUAUCAUUUUCCUUCACGAAGCUAUGCGACACUUGAGUCGGCUUAGUCCAAGCCAACGCAAACCUAACCAAAAAUCCAAUUUGCCCGAAGACGAAUACAAAAUUUGGAUCCGCCAACAUCAAUUUAUGCUUGAGAUUGCAACAGACGUGGAAAACCUCUUCUCGCCAAUAAUAUUGACAACGUUUCUGACUAACGGCUUUGUAAUGUGCGUUUUGGCCUAUGUUCUUGUAAAGAUCAGUGACAUUAUUGGCAUUCUGUGCCUUUCUGGACAUUUGAGCUGCAUCGUCGCCAAACUUUACGUCAUGGCAAGAUUUGGACAGAUUCUCAUCGAUGAAAGCACACGCUUGAAAUCGUAUAUGACAUUCAAAACCUGGCCAGAAAUGGGACGACAGAGGGAUGCCCAAAUAAUUGGAAUCAGAUGCUCAACCCCAAUGGCUUUGACUGGAAUGAAAUAUUUUCACCUCUCAGUCGAGUUUUUCGGCAGGGUUUGCAGUGUCGCCUUGAGCUAUUUCAUAGUGUUACUGCAAAUCCAUUGAAGUGGGGCUGAGCGUAUACUUUUAGUUGGGAGCCGCGCAAGUAGAGACCAAGUUUUAAUAAAAUAACUGCGCCAUGCUUACACGCAAUACUGUUAAAUUGUUUGGUACUAUAAUUAUUAACCUGUAAAAAAACCUUUAUUGCUUUAAUUGUGUGACGGUGAACAUUAAAUGUGCAUAAAACGUAAACCUUUUGUCCGUAUGUUAAUCGAUUUGUUUAAAUGAUUAGCUUUUAUACAAAUGAAUAUAAAAUUUGCUUACCUUUAGUUAAAAGACGCAUCGCAGCAGCGCACAAACGCUCUUUAGGUCCUACGAGAUCCUGUAAACAAAAAAUGAA